CGCGGCUCCCUGUGUCAACUUUGACCCCAAACUCACUGCACGCUGGAUUCUCUCAGUGAAUAAACGUGGACAGUAAAAGAAAUACAUUUACUGUAUGUUAAAGGUAGUUUUGGCACGGCGGUUCAAUUCCAUGGUUUCCUCUGUCUGGACGUAAGUUACGUAAGAUCAUGGGCAAGGCACCGAAAAAGAAGAGCCUUGCUGACAAGGUUCGCAAGACCAAGACCUCUGCUGAGAUCAAGAACAACCCCUUUGAGGUCAAGAUCAACAGGAAGAAGUUUGAUGUCUUGGGGAGGAAGUCCAAGCAUGAUGUGGGUCUGCCGGGUGUGUCUCGAUCCAAAGCCAACAACAAGAGAAAGGAUACCCUUCUGAAGGAGUACAAACAGAAAUCCAAGUCUAACAAGUUCAUCGACCGACGCUUUGGAGAGUACGAUCCCAAGAUGGCACCAGAGGACAAAAUCCUGCAGAGGUUUGCUUUGGAGAGACAGCGUGUACAUGAAAAGAAAGACAUGUACAACCUCAAUGAAGACGAGGAGCUAACUCAUUACGGCCAGUCGUUGGCUGAAAUCGAGAAAUUCCACGACGUCGUGGACAGCGAUGAUGAGCCCGAAGAGAAAGGCCUUUUGUCAGCUGAGCUGACUGCCUCCCACUUUGGAGGAGGUGGGGGCCUCCUGAGAAAGAAAACGUCAGGGGAGCAGGAGGAGGAGAGCCAGAAGGCCAAAUCCAGACAGGAGCUCAUUGAGGAGCUCAUCCAGAAGUCCAAAAAGGAGAAGCGAGAACGGCAAGUGCAGAAGGAGGAGGCGCAAGAGCUGACAGAGAAGCUCGACCAGGAAUGGAAGAGCAUCCAGGCCCUGAUGGCACAUAAGGCGCCCAAAGCCGACCACGCUGACAAGCAGGAGCAGAAACCCAAGUUGGAUGAAUACGACAUGAUGGUGAGGGAGCUGGGCUUUGAGAUGAAGGCGCAGCCCUCGGAGAAGUUGAAAACCCCAGAGGAGUUGGCCCGGGAAGAGACAGAGAGGCUGCAGAAACUGGAGGCUGACCGUCUGAGGAGGAUGAUGGGAGAAGUGGCAGAGGACGGCGCGCCGAGUCACAGCCACAUGUCUGCUGAUGACCUCAAUGACGGCUUCAUCCUGGAUAAGGAGGACAAAAAGACCCUGGCUUAUGAGGAUGGAAAAUGGAACAUGGAUGAAGGGUCGGAUGAUAAUGAAGAUGAAGAUGAGGAUGAUGAAGAGGGAGAAAGUGGUGAAGAGGAGGAGGAUAAGGAAGAGGAAGAGGAGGGGGAAGAAGAGGAGGAAGAGGAGGAGGAAGAGGGCAGCAGUGAGGAAGAGGAUGGUCACUCGGACCUGGACUCUGAGCAAGAGAGCGAGGAAGAGGAAAAAGAAGAGCAGGAGAAACAAAGUGGCACCAAACCAAAGAAGAGUCUGACCAAAGAGGAGAUGAAGGCCCAGCAGGAGGCAGCUAAAGCAGAGCUACCAUACACAUUUAGAGCCCCAGAGACCUACAGUGACCUGAAGGAUCUGCUCCAUGGCCACUCCCCCGACAACCAGCGCCUCAUAGUGGCCAGGACUCAGAAGUGCAACCACCCCAGUUUGGCUGUGGGCAACAAGCUCAAACUGCAGAAACUCUUUGGCUUCCUGUUGGAGUACGUUGGAGAACUGGCCAGCAGGAGUCCACCUGAACUCACCACCAUAGAUAAGCUCAUACCGGAGCUAUACGCCCUGUGCCAGAUGUUCCCGGACGCAGCCUGUAAAAACAUACAAAGCAUUCUGGGAGACAGUGCUCAUAGCAUGGAGGAGGUGCUGGAGGUCAAAGGGCGCACUGCUUUCCCCUCACUCGACAUGCUUAUCUACCUGAAGGUAACAGCCUUGCUGUUCCCUGCCUCCGACUUUAGACACCCAGUAACUACUCCAGCCCUGCUUUACAUCAGCCAGGCUCUUACCAAGUGCCCAGUGACAUCAUUGCAGGAUGUGACAUCAGGCUUGGUGCUGUGCUGCCUGGCACUGGAGUACGUCUCUCUCUCGAAGCGCUUCCUGCCGGAGCUCAUCAACUUCCUGUCCGGAACGCUACAUCUGGCUGUGCCGGACAAGACUGCUAUAGGUUACUCUGUGGUGUUGCCCUUUAGGCCAUCAGGGAAAUACAGUGACCUGCUGGUGUUGUCAGACCCAGAGUCCUGCAAGAGCUGGAGCAAGAAGACCCUGUCGCUGUCGGCUACCCAAAACCUGGAGCUCAGAAAUGACCUGCACACAGACCACCACAGGCUGAUGUGUCUGUCUACGUGCCUGGACCUGGUGAAGCGCUGCUGCCUGCUCUAUAAAGAGCUCACCUCCUUUACACACAUCUUCCAGCCAAUUGGAACGCUGCUUUCAAAGCAUCUUCCUGUCCAAACCUACCCGGCGCUUUUGCAGGAGCUUCACAGUGAGAUCCUGGCAGCCAUCAGCAGCGCUCCUGUGACUCGCACUCCAUUGGUUUUUGAAAAGAAGAAGCCUAUUCCUCUGAAACUGCUCACCCCUAAGAUUGUUGAAGUGCUGGACUACGGGAAGAAGCGUGGGAGCAACAAAGAGGAAAGAGAGAAGGAGCGGCUGAAGCACAAGUACAAGAGAGAAUUCAAGGGCGCUCUGCGAGAGAUCAGGAAGGACACGCGCUUCCUGGCCAGAGAGAGGCUCACUGAGACCAUGAGCAGGGAUGCAGAGAGGAAGAGGAAAGUAAGGGAGCUUUUUGGCAGCUUGGCGACUCAAGAGGGAGAGUGGAAGGCCUUGAAGAAGAGGAAGAGGAAGUGAAAUGCUUCAUCGUCUGCAAUAUUUUCUUCAUUUGUUCACUUCACUCUGCAAGUAUCCCACUAACUUGCAGAUGAGACAAGGCUAAGCUCUUCAAGGCUGACACCUUAUCCACAAAUGCAACUUGUGGAACUAGAAACUCUGUUGUACAUCGCAUAUUAUUUUCUAUAAUAAUAAAGGAUACAUGCAAUAUCCUUAUUGUCACACAUUUUGUAAAGAAUUCUGUGUACUGUAUUCUUGAUAUGUCAGGUCAAUGGCAUGUCUUCCACUGCUUUGACUGGACUGCCAGAUGCUGUUGUUGAAUUGUCAGUCAGCAGAAGACUGAAAUUCUGCUUUGCAGCCCAUGCGGUGCAUACACCAAAGUCCAAUUUUGCAAACAGAUGAUAGGCCAAGCCCUCCCAUUAACCUCAGUGGAGAACAAGAGCAUCCAAAUCCCACCAAUCACCUUGAACGGUCAUGAUGUCAUGUUAGCCAUUAAAACUACUUUGUUAAGGUUAGGGUUAGGGAAAGGUUAUGGUUAAGGUGUAUUUGACCGUCAACAUCCACCACAGUUUGUCGCACCUUGGCGUGCUGCUGGAUUGGUGCACUGCUUGCACACAAUAUUGGACUAUGGUGUGUGCACUACAUGGAAUUUGAAAUAAAGUUGUGUUAUUUGUACACAAGAGAACGGGCUGGAAUUUCUAUUUGAGAUAAUAAAAGUCUCAUCGGUUUUUA